AUGGUGGUGAUCAGAACUGAAUCUGACCAACAAGUGUUGUUGGAUGAGGAGUCACGGAAGUUAGUUACCAUCACCACGCACCGCGGCUUGUAUCGGUACACGCGUCUUCCGUUUGGCGUAGCGGCUGCUCCCGCCAUAUUUCAACGCACUAUGGACCAGGUCCUGCAAGGUAUUGAAGGUGUCAGAUGCAUAUUAGAUGAUAUUCUAAUCACGGGAAAAUCUGACGCCGAACACCGUCACAAUCUCGACACAACGCUUCAGCGACUAGAGGAUUUCGGUAUCCGACUAAAGAAAACCAAGUGUUUCUUCAUGCGCGACGAAGUAGAAUAUUUCGCGUUUAAGGUCAACAAGGACGGUAUCCAUCCUUCACCGAGGAAGGUGGAAGCCAUUUUGAAAAUGGUUGAUCCCCAAACCAAGCGUGAGCUUCAAUCGUGGCUCGAUCACAAGCCUCUGACAACGAUCUUGGGGCCAAAGAAAGGCAUUCCGGUUUUUGCAGCAUCACGGUUACAGCGAUGGGCAAUCCAGCUGUCCGCGUACCAGUUUGACAUUAAGUUUCGAACGACCGACAAAAGCGGAAAUGCUGACGCGUUAUCGCGCUUUCCAUUGAAAGAGGAUAUAAGUAGCAACCGUGACGACUAUGUUUUCUAUGAGGAAGCUGAGUUAGUUAACAAAAUGCAGGUUAACAACUUAACCGUUACCGCUUCGCGUAUCGCAGCGGCGACCAAAGCCGAUCCAAUUCGGUCUCGUGUGAUGGAAUUUACCAGAAGUGGAUGGCCAAAUGUCCAUUCCAAGGAUGAUCUACAACCGUAUCACCGGAUAAGAGAGGAGUUGACCAUCGAGGAAGGAUGUUUACUCCGAGGUAUACGCGUGAUCAUACCCGAACGAUAUCAGACGGAUAUCUUAGACGAGUUGCAUAGCAACCACCCAGGAAUCGUGAGAAUGAAAUCUCUGGCUCGGUUACACGCGUGGUGGCCAAACAUGGAUGUUGACAUUGAGCGUAAAGUGUCAGCCUGUGAAGCAUGUCGGAAAGUACUUCCUAAUGCGCCCAAGUCUCCUGCAAACCCUGGGAGAUGGCCUUCAGCGCCAUGGAGUCGUAUCCAUAUCGACUUCGCCGGUCCAUUUAUGGAUGAAAUGUACAUGAUCGUAGCUGACGCGCAUUCGAAGUGGCUUGACGUAAUACGUAUGUCUUCGACAACUACGACAAGUUCCAUCAACGCCUUGAGGUAUUUGUUCGCGUCUUAUGGUUUACCAAAAGAACUGGUUUCCGAUAAUGGUCCUCAGUUCACCGCGGCCGAGUUUACCACAUUUCUCAAGGAAAACGGCGUGCGUCAUAUUCUUUCUGCAACAUAUCACCCAAGUUCAAAUGGUGAGGCAGAGAGAGCAGUGCGUACUUUUAAGCAAGCUAUGAAAUCAAUGGCUUGGGAAGGUGGUACACUGAACCAGAAACUUGCUUCGUUUCUUUUGUCCUAUCGUACCACACCCCAUAGUCUUACCAAGACUAUCCCCAGUGAACUAUUCCUAGGCAGAAAGUUAAGAACCAGACUUGAUGUCAUGCGUCCAGAUCUGUCGGGGAAUAUACAACAAAAGACUACCCCUACAGUGUCAAAGACUCGUUAUUUUGAAGUCGGUGACAUUGUGAUUACCCGAGACUAUCGCGGAAACCCGAGGAAACCUACAUGGAGCAAAGGCAUUGUGCUUCGCAAACUAGGACCCCUUACAUACACCAUCCAGGUGGACAACCUAACAUGGAAGAGACAUGUUGAUCAGAUGCGUGCUUGUGAUGUAAACUGUAACAUGGCAACUCCAGAACAAAUAGUUUCUGACAUGCAUCAUUAUCCAGACUGUCUCCCAGUAUUUCCACCGAUUCCGUUCGUGGGAACUGAGAGGGUGUCAUCACCAUCUAGUCCAAAGACUAAACCCAGUGAGGUCGCUAGUACACCACAGACUUCGAGUGUGCCAAUUACGCGCGCAGACCCUGUAACCAUCGCUACAAGCGAUAGGUAUCCGCGUCGUGAAGUUAUGAAACCUUCGCGUCUCAUUGAGAACUGUUAA